GCAUUCACGAGGAUACUUCCAGUCAUAUAAACAUAAGUUUUUCUAGUCUAGAAUUCCUCAGUGUUUUAACUUAUUUCUGUGCUGUGCUCCGCUGAUAAAUUACAUUAAUUGUGCUUCAAGUUGGAUUCAUUUCAAAAUGUAUUAUACUGUGAAGAAUUGUAUUUUCACUCUGUGCCUGGUUAGCAUCUUAGUUUCUGCUCAUAAGUAUUCGACACCUGUGACUAAGCCUCCUAGUAGUCCAGCUAAAGUUACUCAUCCGCCUUCAUCGACAAAUACUCAUAAAAAGUACGUUGACUUUGACCUAAAAUCUCAGAGCAGCAGGUAUGGAAAAGGAGAUCCUUACUUUUACCAGCACUACGGCCCCGAGCACAAGAGCUACUACGACCACUGGUACAGUCAUUAUGGAGAGCAUUAUCCGUACUACUAUAGCAAAAGUUAUGAUUAUCACCACAUGAUCCCUUACGUCUUGGCUGGUUUAGGAAUGCUGCUACUUCCUCUCUUAACUCUAAUGCUUACUUUAGCCGUUAAUAUUGCACCUGCUAGUAAUAUUCCAACAGCAGUAACAACAGCAACGGGCAAGCUCCUUGGAUCCCUCAAUUCUACUAAAGUCAUCGGAGAAAUAUGGGAUAAGCUGGAUUCGGCGAUCAGCAAGUAUGGAAAACUGAAUGAUCUUUAAAGAAUUUGUGUAAAAAAUACUUUUCAUAUUCUGUGUAAUGCUUUGUAAUAAAAAUAUAUUUUCAUUAUGUGAUUGAGAUGUAAUGCUUCCCAG